AUGCUGCCAAGUUUUGCCAUGAGAACAAAGCUGCUUCUCCUGCUGUUGCUGCUGCUGCUGCUGCCCAGCAUAGCCAAUGGGAGAAAAUGUCCCCUCGAUUUCACCAAGGAUCGGGAUGGGGUGUACAAUUAUUACCACCCAGGCGAUCUCUUCCUUGGUGGGAUUGUCCCUCCACGACCAGGUCAGAUUCGGCCAGCGACCUUCCGGGAGCCUCUCUUUAACCAACCGGCUUGGAAAGGCGACAAUGCAUACUGGUAUCUUCUGUCCUUUCUUUUUGCCAUUCGUGAGAUCAACCAGAAUCCCUGGGUUUUGCCCAAUGUCACCCUGGGUUAUGACAUCUAUGAGAACUAUUAUGACGCACGAAUGACCUCUGAUGCCCUGGCAGACUUGCUCUCCACCGGAGAGGCAAAUGUUCCAAACUACAGGUGUGGGAGAGAAAAGAGGUUGCUGGCUGUGAUUGAAGGGGCUGAGUCUGACAUUUCUGAGCAGAUUUCCACCUUGUCCAGCCUCUACAAAAUGCCACAGGUCAGUUACGGUUUUGUGUCUGAGACUCUGAAUGAUAAGACUCGGUUCCCCUUCAUCUACCGGUUGGUCCCCAAAGAAGAUUACUUGUAUUGGGGCAUUGCCAAAUUGCUCCACCAUUUUGGGUGGAACUGGGUCGGUCUCCUUGCACCAGACACUGAAAAUGGAGAAAGAUUCCUAUGGAUUUUGAACCCCAUAUUAACCAGGAGCACAAUUUGCGUGGCCUUCUCCGUGAGCAUCCCAACGUUGCCCUGGAAAAUGGGACUGCUGUCCAAGGAACCAUCUACCAUGUGGAAUCACGUCAGUGUUUUCAUUUACUAUGGGGAAUCUCGCUACUUCUACAGUUCAAUAAGGACAGUGCAACGUUAUACUGAAGCUCAUGCCUUUGAUUGCUUGUAUUCUAAACUCUUUUCCUCUGUGAAAGGGCGGAUGAGGUGCCGGGAGAAAGAGGAUCUGGAGACCCUGCCAGAAGAGGUGCUGGAAAAAACCCUCUCUCUGGACGGCUACGGUAUUUACAACCUUGCCUGGGCAGUUGCUCGGGCUUCACACGCUGCCUACUUAUCCAGGUCCAAGUGGAAAGCCAAGAAGGAAAGGGAUCACAGGCUGGUCCUUCAGGCGUGGCAGCUUCAUUCUUUCCUGGGAGAUGCCCACUUCUACAAUACUGGCAUGGAUGGAGUGUAUCUAGAUGAGAAAGGGGAUCUCGCUGCCAAAGUUGAUAGUGUGAAUUGGGUGCCCUUUCCCAAUCAGUCUUUUGGGGCAGUGAAGUUUGGGAGGAUAGAUAGACCAUGGGGGUCGCAAGAUCUGGAAUUCAUCCUUGACCAGGAGGCCACAAAUUGGUCCCAGCAGUUUAACCAGUCCCUCCCUCGCUCCAGGUGUACUGAAAGCUGUCGCCCCGGCCAAGCCAAGGUGGUCCUAGAAGGAAGGCCUCUCUGCUGCUACGGGUGUGUCUUGUGUGCAGAAGGCUCCAUCUCCACUCAGGAAGAUGCCGAGCAGUGCAGAAGGUGUCCAGCAGAUCACCGUCCAAAUAAGGAGCAAGACAAAUGCCUCCCCAAGGAGGUCACCUUCCUGUCAUACCAAGAAGACUUGGGGAUGAUCCUGGCUUCCUUUGCCCUCAUCAUGUCUUUGGUCACAGCCUUGGUCUUAGCAAUCUUCAUCAGAUUCUUAGAAACUCCCAUAGUCAAGGCCAACAACCGGGACCUCUCCUACAUCCUCCUGGUCUCUCUGCUGCUUUCCUUCUUGAGCUCCCUUCUCUUUAUUGGCUGUCCAAGACCGGCCACCUGCCUGCUCCGACAAACGGCCUUCGGCAUCAUCUUCUCCAUUGCCGUCUCUUCUGUCUUGGCCAAAACAAUCACAGUGGUGCUGGCUUUCCUGGCCACGAAUCCUGGGAACACCAUGAGGAGAUGGCUGGGAAAAACUCUGGCCAACUCCAUUGUCCUUUCUUGCUCCGGUCUCCAAGUUGUCAUCUGUAUCAUCUGGCUGGGAGUUUCCCCCCCAUUCCCUGAAUCUGACCUGCACUCCCAGCCAGAGAAGAUUGUCUGGCAGUGCAAUGAAGGCUCUGUGGCCAUGUUUUAUGGUGUCCUUGGCUACAUGGGCUUCCUAGCUGCCAUCUGCUUCAUGGUGGCUUUCCUGGCCAGGAACCUGCCCGGGGCCUUCAACGAAGCCAAGCUGAUCACCUUCAGCAUGCUGGUCUUCUGCAGCGUCUGGGUCUCCUUUGUGCCCACCUACCUGAGCACCAAGGGGAAGUACAUGGUGGCCGUGCAGGUCUUCUCCAUCUUGGCCUCCAGUGCUGGCCUGCUGGGCUGCAUCUUCAUCCCCAAGUGCUACAUAAUAUUGUUACGACCUGAUCUGAAUACAAAGGAGCACUUAACGACACAAACUAGAGAUAGUUUGAACAGGAAUGCAAAAGACUCCUAUCCUUCUCAUAACCCUCUGAAAAGUUGUCACAGUCGGAUUCCCUCUAGAUCUUCUGGGAGAGUUAACUUUGGUGGAUCUGUCUGA